AUGGCGUUGCGCUCCCAGCAUCUACAGCAGCUGACAUCAUCCAGUCGUUUCCCAGCCGUGUUGUCCGCACUGCUUCCGCGCAUCCUAUCCCACUCCCUCCACAGUGAACCCCACUCUCCCACCGCUUCAUCCUCCUCUUCUCACCUUGCAUCAGCCGUCGCACCAUCCACGCUCACCGCAUCGUCUCCAUGCUCCUCCCCCGUGCCAACGAGCCCCUCUCCAUCGUCCCAUCCGCCUCCUGCGCUCCCUCCACACCGUUCCUCCCAUUUCAGCAGCAUCUCGCAGAAAUCCGCUUGCCGACCCUCUUCCAAUCUCCUAAACAGCACGGCAUAUAGCCGAAUUCCCCUCCAUCGAUCCUUUUCCAAUCUCCCGGAUAGCACGGUGUAUGGUGGGCCGAAGCCCGAGGCGGGGCGGAAGCGGGUGACGCUGCAGCAGGUGGGGAGCAAGUACCGCCGCGGCGAGCCCAUUGUCAUGGUCACGGCCUAUGACUACCCCUCGGCAGUGCACGUGGACAUGACGGACAUAGACAUCUGCCUGGUGGGCGACUCAGCAGCCAUGGUGGUGCAUGGGUACGACACCACUCUGCCAAUCACACUCGAGGACAUGCUUCUGCACUGCAGGGCGGUGGCACGGGGAGCCUCUCGGCCGUUGCUGGUGGGCGACCUUCCCUUUGGCACGUACGAGCAGAGCCCACAGCAGGCGGUGGAGAGUGCAGUGCGGCUGUUAAAAGAAGGCAACAUGGACGCGGUCAAGAUAGAGGGGGGCAUACCGGCACGGGUGGCGGCAGCGCGGGCGGUAUCUGAGGCGGGUAUAGCUGUGAUGGGGCACGUGGGACUCACUCCUCAGGCCAUCAGCUCGCUGGGGGGCUUCCGUCCCCAGGGCAGAUCCGUUGCCAGUGCUCUCAAGGUGGUACAACACGCACAAGCAUUGCAGGAAGCCGGGUGCUUCGCAGUGGUGCUCGAGUGCAUGCCAGCAGUGGUGGCAGCGGCGGUCACAGCUGCUGUCGACAUUCCCAGCAUUGGCAUCGGAGCCGGGCCGCUCUGCAGCGGGCAGGUGCUGGUAUACCACGACCUUCUGGGGAUGAUCCAACACCCACACCACGCCAAG